AGAAGUUGCUGUGCACGUUUAACGCAUUAUAAGACAAAUUAAAUUUUAAGUAGAACGGUCGAAACGUUGCAAACGAAACUAAACUCAAAAUCUCUAACAGACAUUUAAAUACUAGAAAUAAAUAAAUUCAACGAAACUWAAAGGCGAAAGAGCGACUAUUAGGCCGGUCGACUGCGUGCGUAAGCGUCCGUGUGCGUGUGUGUAUGCGAACCCAUUCAUAUAUGUGUGUGAGAGUGUAAGCCAUAAUCCAAUCAGCAUAAAGGAUACCAAAGCUGCAAUUGCUAACAGCAACAACAAAAACAAUCUUAAGCAAGAGGAGAUUAAUUGCAUUGUAAAAUGGACUUCAAUUUUGCGGAUCUGAAGAAGGAGGCGGCCAAUACGGCUGAGGACAUUUUCAAUGCAGCCAGCAAGCAGGUCAGCAAUACCUACGAUGAUUUGCUCGGCGACGUUAACGUCGGCAGCGGCAGCGCCAACGUCAGCGGCGAAGGUGUGCAGGACGAUAAUGCCCAUACCGAAAAGUAUUUUGCCAAUGAGCAAAAGAAUCUGGAUUUCGGUGAUCCACAGGCAUUCGUGCAGCGCAUGUCCGCCGGGGCGAAGGAGGCGCAGGAGCAGCUGGAUGCAAAGUUUGCACAGAAAGCGGAUGAUUUUGGAGACUUCCUAAAGCAGGGUGUGAAGGAUGUCAAGCAGAAUGUGGGCGAGUUGACUAGCGACUUUAUGAAUGUUGAGCGCGGAAUGUUCGGAGAUGCUAACAAAGUGGCUCCUCCUUCAGCUCCCGCUGCAGCACCUGCGCCAGUUGCAGCUGCUGCUGCACCUGUCAAGCCUCUCCACGAUCAGGAGGAGGAUUUGCUGGGCUUCAAGCCAGUAACCACUGCUCCCUUGCAGCCCUUUGAGCCAACUGCGCCCUCAGCUCACGACCAGUUUUAUGAUGAUGACGACGAUGACUUCCUAAUCAAACCAACUCCAGCUGCUGCUCCAGUUGCUCCUGUGGCUCCAGCGCCAGCUCCAACUCCUGCUGUGGCCAACAAGGAUUCGGAUACAGAUUCACCCUCUGUCUCGUAUACUCCUUCGCCGGCUAAGAAGCCCAUUGCCGAUGCUCUCAAGGAGCAGGACAACGAGAAAUUCAUCUCUUCCGAGGAUCUGCUCAGUGAUUUCAAGGAUGUAGCAGCUACCGCAGCAGUUCCGGCUCCAGCCGCAGUUCCGAUUCCGUCUUCUACUCCUGCUUUGAUUACCGAUUUGGAUGAUGACGAUUUUGUUGCUAAGCCGGAGGCCAAGGUCGAGCCUCCGAAAGUGGUGCCACCAAAGGUAGACCCGCCCAAGGUGGUGCCGCCCAAGGUGGAGCCAGCCAAGCCGGAGCCAGCCAAGCAGCAGCCACCUCAAAAGCAACAGCAACAACAACAACCAAAAAUCGUAUCUGUGGAGGAAAUCUUUUACAAGUACGGACUUGAUGCCUGGUUCAAGCCCGAACGUUUGCACCCGCUAGUCGAAUCGCUGAUCUAUUGGCGCGAUGUGAAAAUGUCGGGAAUUGUAUUCGGCGCCGGCCUCAUCACCCUGGUGGCCAUCUCCUGCUUCUCGGUGAUCAGCGUCUUUGCCUAUUUGUCGCUGCUCACUCUGAUUGGAACCGUCGCCUUCAGAAUCUACAAAUCUGUGACACAGGCGGUGCAAAAGACAAACGAUGGACACCCCUUCAAAGAAUAUCUGGAACUGGAUCUGACGCUCUCGCAGGAGAAGGUGCAGCACAUUGCGGGCGUGGCUGUGGCUCAUAUAAAUGGCUUCACGGCCGAGCUGAGGCGCUUGUUUUUGGUUGAGGAUAUCAUUGAUUCGAUUAAAUUUGGAGUUAUUCUGUGGGUAUUCACCUACAUUGGAGCUUGGUUCAACGGCAUGACGCUGGUCAUACUAGCCUUCGUCUCGCUGUUUACCUUGCCCAAGGUCUAUGAGAAUAACAAACAAUCGAUCGAUACCUAUUUGGAUCUGGUGCGCAACAAGUUGACAGAGAUUACCGACAAAAUCCGGGUAGCUCUGCCCAUUGGCAACAAGAAGCCAGUCGCCGCCGCCGAGUCGGAAAAGGACAAAUAGAAAGCAAAUAAUAAUAGCAACAACAACAACAACAACA